UGUCACCGUCACCGUAACGCUGUCACACACAAGCAUAAGAAAACGAUGAAAGAAACACUGACAGACGCCAACUUUCCGCGCACGGCCGAUCUUCGUGUCUACCAUCUUGGCCUUCGCCCAGGUGAAGUUGCUAAUCGAAUCGUCACUGUAGGAUCACCUUCCCGAGCUCGGACCGUUGCUGGACAUUUUGAUGCUUCUCCCAAGCCGUUCGAGCUCGCUUCGGAGCGUGGAUUCCUGACCAUUACUGGCCGCUAUCAGGGCACUCCAAUCUCAGUGGUUAGCAUCGGCAUGGGCCAUCCCAACGUUGACUUUUUCGUUCGCGAAGUGCGCGAAAGUCUCAGUGGUGAUAUGCUCAUAAUUCGGUUGGGCUCAUGCGGCGGCCUCAUAGACGUACCAGUGGGCUCUGUAGUUGUCCCGAAACAAUCGAUCGCCGUUGAAAGGAAUCUUGAUUUCAACUUUUUUGAACCUGAAGGAAGCGCAGAGGAGCCUUACCGUUUCAGCAAGCCAGCAAUGGCGGAUGAGGAGCUUUACAAUCAGGUCUAUAAGUCGCUGCUCGCCGCGAAGCCUGCGCCGACGGACAGUGACAAGACUGUCGUAGUCAACGAAUGCUCCAAUGCCUCCGCUGAUAGUUUCUAUUCCUCUCAAGGCCGCCAAACCUCGUUCCCAGAUCAAAAUGAAAACCUCAUUGAACGUCUGCAAGCGACUGUGCCAGACUUAGCGACCUUCGAGAUGGAAACAUUCUGGAUAUUCCACCUCGCUGCCUGCUGGUCCGCACGAGCUCGCAAACAGAAUCAAACAACGUCUCCUCGCGUUCCGUUGGCAACCAGCCCAGUCAGUGUCGACCUGACCAAAACCGGUUCAAUCCAGUCUGUCUCCUCCCCCCUUGCUGGUCGCGACACGGUCAUUCGUGCGGCGUCGGCGCAAAUGAUCUUUGCAGCACGCAAUUCCAGAGAUUUCAUCACGCCUGAGCAAGUCUUAGUGUUGGAAGAAUGGACAGCCAAGGGUGUACUGGACGCGUUGGUAGCGAUGAACAUACCACAAAACCGUGAGCACCCAGCAGAAAACAGUGUAUGGGUUUUGUAA